UCUGUUUCUCUCUCUUCCUUUUACACCUUCUUUCACUUCUAAGCUCUUGACGGGCCUUAUUUCGAUAACCACACGGUAUCUCCUUUCUUUCCCCAGGCCCGGAUCCGCCUGUCUCUUCUUCUUUUCUCGUUUGUUUAUUACUCGUAAUAUAUUUCCCCUUAAUCCAAGUUACGUAGUCAGGAUGUUGACCAUCCGCUCAUUGUCGCUACUGCUCGCCCUCGGGGCUCUUUCCCUCGUCGAUGCGGCGCCGCAAAACAGAGGGAAUAGGGGUGGCAGGAACAGGAAUAGCCAGGGGGCGACUACAGGCGGAGGACAACAGCAGAAGCAAGCUACGGCUUUUCAACAGGCGCAGCAGAUACCGCAGGGAGUCUCGACGGCGACGGAUGGAAGCACUAUCUUGGAUAUGACGGCUAAUGUAAAUGGCCUCCCUCUCCGCUUCAAAGUCUCCGCACCCGCCGACCAAUUCACAGCCGACUCCGGCGUCGACGGCGGCGCCCAGACGGCGGGCGCGGCCGGCGACCUAGGUCUAAACGUCCUUUUACACGGCGACGGCGGACAGUCGUUCUUCGACUUCCCGAAUCAAGCCGUGCAGGAUGGUCUCGCAGGAGUCGCCGUCCUGGCGCCGGACCCAAACCUCUUCUGGGGCGGCGGUUCUGGCCUUGACCGUACUGACGGCGUGGCUCACGCCCAGGCCGUCGCCGACUUGGUCGCCGACAUCAUGCCUCAGGUCCUAGCGUUUAACCCCAGCCGCGUGAGCUUUACGGGGGUGUCUGGCGGCUCGUUGUUGCUGAGCGGGUUCUUGAUGCCGGGGCAUAUGUCGCAGUUCGCCGGUGCCGGAAAGGAGUCUCAGGUCCUGCUUAACUGCGGCGGAUUAGAACCGCAAGUCGACGUAGCGGAUGCGGACGCCGCUGCGUUAGCAGAGACGCGUGUGCAUUUCCAGAGCACGCAGCAAGAAUUAACGCUCCUCCAACCCGCGAUCCCGGCAGCGAUCAAAGCCUACGAGCAGAUCGCCACAUCGCAAGGCCUGGACGCAGCAGCCGUCGGGGCCCUACAGACGGUAGAUAACUCACCGAACGGCGGGCACUGCGAGUUUGACGAGAAGGACUUCGUGAGUGGCGUACAACUUAUGGCCGAUUCGUUCUCGGCUGUAGUACAGGGCGGUGAUGGAAACCUGGCGGGAACUAAUGUUAAUGUGCUGAACCCGGUUGUUGGGAACGAGAAAUUAGCCUUCUCGGGGGCUUCGUAAGAGGAGAUGGAUAGCAUAGGGGAUGAGGGAUACGUGUGGGUAUAGGGUAUAUAUUUGUUGAUAGGAAAAAUACAUAUAUUGAAGACAUAUAUGGCGCGUAAAGUUUUAGUGGUGAACACAGACUAUCUAAUAGUAUACUAUACGUCUGCGUAUCCAUCUUCUAGACUAAGCUCUACCUGGGCACCUAUGUAUUAGAGGAGUUUAUCCCCCCCAAUACAUAUCUCCCAGUGUAUUCAGGAAUGCCCGGUUAAACAUAACAUCAAGCCAUCGUCCAUGCCAAAGUCUACUUAAUCCCAACUAAUCUCGU